GGGGGGAGGGAAGAGCAAGUCGCGUGUGUGAGUGAGAGCAAUACUGCGUUAAGUCAUCAAAUUAGAGGUGUUGCUGCAUGCUGGCGGCACGUGUCGGUAGUCAUUGACGAUGUGUUUCGCCGCAAUGUUCAUGAUUUGCCGACUGGCACAUGCUACAUACAUAAGAAUCGCACAUGCGAGUAUGGACCUUUGCUGUACAAUUUACUUCGCUUGCCAACUUGUAGCACCGCAGAUCAUCGGCGAGAUCUUCUUUCAGCUUGAUGGGGAGAGCCGGUGCGGGAAGCGGCGAUGCUCAGCUCACAUCCGCAACUGACCUACCUUCACCAGGAUUAGCCGAAAUCCCCGCAGCUAUUGCCACUUUGGUCAAUAUCGCUGGAGGGGGAAAACCCUCCGCCUCCGCACCACACCAUCGGCCCCUCCAUCGUGCUCCGCCACUCCCUCACCUCCUCUUACCCUUAGUAGCCAGCCUCUGGCCUCGCUCUCGCGCCUUUCCUUCCGUUGCACCCUCCAUCCAUCCACAUAUCCGGCGGCCAUCCCAAAUCCACACCCCCAAAGAUUCGUGCACAUGUCGAAACUAAUUUCUUGACCCAACCGACAAGUGAAGUAGAGCCUCUCACCUGUCAGCAGCCUGGUAUGAUGCGCAGCCCGUACAUGGCGAGCAUGCCGUCCAGUGAGAUCCGGAAAGUGACCAUGUCCCCAUCAUGUGCGGGGCAGUAGUUGCCCACAGCAGCGAGCCAA